AUGGAUACUGCUGUACGCACAGGCGCCUGUCACCCCAAACCUCAGGCUCCCAAGCUGACUGAUCAUGCUCACUGCAGCAUCAUCGAAGAAAUGCUGAGAACUGGCCCAUUAAAAAACUCUCUGACCCUCAUCCUCCAUCUCACCUGCCUCUUUCAUGGCCCCCAGGACUUCAACAAUAUCACCGAAGUAGACUACAGUUACUACGACAAUAUAACUCUCGAUGGGCCGGUGGACGGCCCACACCCCACGCCCAGGCUCAAAGCCCAUGAGGUGGCUGCGGUGGUCAUUUUUAUGAUCGACUUAGUGGUUGGUGUGCCAGGCAACAUACUUGUACUGUGGGUGACUGGCUCAGAGGCCCGACGAACCGUUAAUGCCAUAUGGUUCCUAAACCUGGCCUUGGCUGACCUCCUCUCCUGCCUGGCACUACCCAUCCUCAUUGCAACCACCCUCUUGUAUGGCAACUGGCCUUUAGAUGAAGCGGCCUGUCGCAUCCUGCCCUCGCUCAUCCUCUUGAGCCUCUUUGCCAGCAUCCUGCUCCUUGCCACCAUUAGUGCCGACCGCUUCCUCAUUGUCUUCAAGCCCAUUUGGUGCCAGAACUACCGCGUGUCCCGGCUGGCCUGGUUGGCCAGUGGCGUAGCCUGGAUGCUGGCUCUGGUGCUCACCAUCCCAUCCUUCUUGUUCCGACGGGUGGAAGAGGAUCCCUUUUCCAAGAAGGUCUUCUGUGGUGUGGACUAUGGGGCAGAUAGAAAGCAGGUCAAUCUUGCUGUCAGUGUCACACACUUUGUCUUGUGUUUCCUGGGGCCCCUGGUCACGCUGAGCGUCUGUUACAUUUUCCUACUCCUUCGGACUUGGAGCCGGCCAGCCACACGCUCCACCAAAACCCUCAAGGUGGUGGUGGCUGUGGUGACCAGCUUCUUUGUCUUCUGGCUGCCCUAUCAUGUUUCUGGCUUGGUUUUGUCCUUCCUCUCUAAACAGUCACCCAGCUUCAAGCUUGCCUUGUCUCUGGAUGUGCUCUGGGUAGCCUUGGCUUAUGUCAACUGCUGUAUCAACCCCAUUAUCUAUGUGGCUGCUGCCCGGGGCCUCCACAUCCAGGUCGUCAUAUCUCUGCCUUCCCGUCUACAACAAUUGCUGACCGAAGACUUGGACAUGAAGAGCGAGUCCCACUCGCUGCCCAUGGUGGAUAUUGAAGUCCAGAAGGACAAGACCCAGGUGUGA